GUAAACCGUUGAGCAAUCGUGUCUCCUGUGAAAUCCACAGAGUCGUCUCUGGGUUCCAGUUCUAAAUCAGAGUUCAGGGUAAUGAAGAUAAAAUGUCCACAAUAAGACGAAGCUGUGUCCUACUUCUAUGGAUGUACACACUGACCUUUGUGAAAAGUCAAGAGUGUACACUUCAACAGUUUAGAAACAGUGAUCUGUAUGACUCCAGUUUUGACACAACUAAUCUGGAGGCUUCCUACACUGACGGGAAAACGGUGAGAGUCAGCUGUAAUGUUGGCUUCAAUGGAUUUUUCAAACUGGUCUGCAGCAAGGGUAAAUGGCUGUCUCGUGGGAGUAAAUGCGAGCCGAGGCCUUGUGGUCAUCCUGGUGAUGCCCCAUUUGCAGAUUUUCACCUGGAGAAGGGAGAGGAUUUUGUGUUUGGGUCACAAGUCGUGUACACCUGUUACAAAGGUUACCAAAUGAUCAGUCGGUCAACCCGCCGGCGCUGCAUGGCACAAGGGUGGGAUGGUGUUGUUCCUGUCUGCGAGGCUAUACAGUGCCCAGUGAUUACGGUGGGACCUAACAUGCAGGUGAACGGGGAUGUGGAGGAAGCAACUUAUGGCAACGUCAUCCGGUUUAGCUGCAUAUCCAACUCUGACGUCCUCGUGGGUUCUUCAGAGAUCUCCUGCAAUGAAAAUGGAGAGUGGAGCGGACCCCCUCCCAAAUGCACAGUGAUAGAGUGUUUCAAGCCUGACAUUGAAAAUGGAAAAGUUCCUGGAGAUACAGAAAAGUACAAAGAACACGCAGUCCUGCAUUACGAAUGUAACCAGGGUUAUAAACCCGCUGAAGGCAGAGCCUCAACAUGCACCAAAAUAGGAAUAAGAGCCGAGUGGAGCCCCACGCCUGCAUGUGAAUUUGUAACAUGUAAACUGACGUUGCCACUGGUCGGAGCAACCAGUGUUGAUCCACCUUUCAAAAAUGUAUUCUUACCUGGUGAAACUGUAACCAUCACAUGUAAAUACGGGUAUUGGAUUGGAGCUCGCACAGUCUCAUCAGUGGUGACUUGCCAAGAGAGUGGAAACUGGGAUCCUCAAGCAGUAUGCCAAGAAGUUAGAUGUCUUCGUCCCAAUAACCGUCUUGUAGAGUACUGGUAUGCGUACUGGGAAACCACAAAGUUGGAUGACACUGUUUUUUACACGUGUUGGUCAGGCUACAGAAAGACAGGUGGUGUCACAAAGGCCACAUGCACCAGAGAUGGGUGGAGCCCAAACCCUUUCUGUCAAGAGAUAAUGUGUUUCAAACCUGACAUUGAAAAUGGAAAUGUUCCUGGAUCUAAGAUAAAGUACAAAGAAAACGAAGUCCUGCAUUUCAAAUGUGAUUCAGGUUAUAAGCGAACUGAAGACAGCCUUCCAAAAUGCACCCAAAUAGGACUCAGAGAUGAGUGGAGCCCCACUCCUACGUGUGAACCAAUAACAUGUAAACUGGCGUGGCCACAGAUCAGAGCAACCAGUUCUGAUUCUGGAUCCAAAAUUGUGUUCUUACCUGGUGAAAAUGUAAACAUCACAUGUGACCGUGGGUAUUGGAUUUCUGAGCCUCACAUGGCCUCUGCAGUGUUGACUUGCCAAGACAAUGGAGAGUGGGAUAUCCAACCAGUAUGCAAAGACGUUACGUGUGAUUAUCCACAUGACACACUUGUGGAGGGCUGGACUCACAGCACGGAACCCAAAAAGUUGGGUGAUGUUGUUAUUUACAGGUGCAGGUCAGGCUACAGAAGGACAGGUGGUGCCGCAAACGCCACAUGCACGAGAGAUGGGUGGAGCCCAAACCCAUUCUGUGAAGAGGUAACGUGUCCAAAGCCAGACAUUAGAAAUGGAAAUGUUCUUGGAGACAAGAAAGUCUACAAAAAACAUGAAACUCUGCAGGUGGAGUGUAAUUCAGGUUAUGUUGCUUCUCACAGCAAACCGUCAACAUGCUUCAUAACAGGAAACCAAGCCAAGUGGUCCCCAACAAUUACAUGUGACCCACGGACCACAUGUCCAAAAGCUUAUUUUCCAAAUGGAUUUACGGUUGGCCCGAUAAAUGGAACGCUCUACUAUUCUUGCAAUGAAGGUUACAAGCUUUUCGGGAAAGGCUGGUGGGGCGAAGCCAAAUGCAUCAACAGAGUGUGGUCUCGACUCGUGAAAUGCAUCGCUGAAGAUCAGUGUGGAGAAAUACCUGUGAUUCCUAAUGGGAAUAUCAGUCCAUCAGAUCAAGCGUACAAUCAGGGUAGACGCAUAACAAUUCAAUGCAAAGAUGGAUACCGACCUAAGGCACAUUUCAUGACUUGUAGCGGUGGAACAUGGCACACAAAUAAGAUUCCACCCAAAAAUAUCUGUGAACCCAUAUGGAAGCCUUGCCCUCCCCCACCCAAAGUUCAGAAUGCAGUCGUGAUGUCGUUGUAUCAGAAGCAGUACCUAACUGGUGCUACGGUAAUUUAUCAGUGUCGUAAAGACUAUGAAAUUUUCGGAAAAGCCACAGUCACAUGCAACGAUGGGGAAUGGGAGUUGAACAACCUGCAAUGUACAUUGGUCCAGAUUGUGACCUUUUUAUGCAAACACAAAAGAAUUCUGCUUGGAAAACAACAUUUCUAUCCUCAGAAUUCAGUUUGUCGCCACACGGCUGAAGUCAAAAUGCAGUGGUCUCUAUUUCUUCUGUUUAUUCACCUGUGGAUGAACGUGGACAUUUGUCUGUCCCAGAACGCAUGUUUGCAGGUCCCAGAUGUUCCUCAUGGCCAUGUUUCAGCGGACACACAUAAACCUGAUUACCAACAAGGCGACGUGAUACAUUUUGUUUGUGAAACUGGUUAUAUAUCAGGUCCAACCAUCAGAUAUGUUUGUACAAAUGAAGGUUGGAGCACGCUCCGAAAGGGAAAAUGCUACUUGAAGCCGUGCGUACUUCCUGAUGACAUUCCUCAUGGCCAGUACGAGUUGGUCAGUGGUGAUGACUUUGUUUUUGGAACAACUCUCAAAUUCUCUUGUGAUGAAGGGUAUCAGAUGAUCAGUAAACAUGAUACCAGGACAUGUUUGCUGGACGGCUGGACCAACCAUCCGCCAGUAUGUGAACCUUUGACCUGUGACCCGCCACCUGUAGGCUCAGGCGUUACAGUGAAAUGGUUAGCGGAAAAUGAUGAUCCCAUACUCCCAGACCGCUUCAUCACAUUCCGCUGUGAGGUUCCUGGGAAACGUCUGAAUGGCAGCACAGUGCUCAUCUGUGGUAAAAAUGGACAGUGGGACAAUCCGUUCCCUUCUUGUGAAGACAUCACUUGUGAAGUUGGCGUGAUGAAUCCACAUCUCAAAGCUGCUGGACUCACACCAUUAAACAAGACAGUGAAGGCAGGAGAUAAACUACAAUUUUACUGUGAAAAGUUCAUGUUGGAAGGCCCUCAAGAAGUUAAAUGUUUAGAAACUGGGCAGUGGAGCUCAGCAUUUCCAACCUGCUCAGAUGGCUGUAGAAUUCCAGAAGACCUUCCCAGCAUAGGCCACAGAGUUCGACAUGGCAAUGCGCAAGUAGGACAGAAGUUAAAGUUCCACUGCCGAAAUCAACAACACAUUCUGCAAGGGGAGGCUGAGGUUGAAUGUUUAGUGAGUGGAGAGUGGAGCAGUCCCUUUCCAACAUGUGCAGGACCGAAGGGUUGUGGAAGCCCACCUCACCUUCCAGAUGGAGACAUAAAGACCUCUUUAAAAUACAGUUAUCGGCACAAUGAAGAGGUUGAAUACAUCUGUCAGAACUACUACACAAUGGAUGGGGACCCGCGCAGAGUCUGCAGAAACGGUGAAUGGAUCGGACAAAUGAGGUGUCUCAAACCCUGCACAGUGGAUCGCAACAUGAUGGAAAGCUAUAAUAUCCAGUUUGCAUACAGUUGGGACGAUAAGUUGUAUUCAACCCACAAUGAUGUAAUCGAGUUCAUGUGCACAAAAGGAAGGCGUGUCGGCAGUCUGGGAUUCCGGCAGAAGUGUAUUGAUGGCGUGAUAAACCUGCCCACCUGCUCUUAAAAGAUCAAUUCCGCCGUUUAUUUUUGGAAACAGGCAUAGUCUUAAUGAAUAAAUCAUCAGCAAUCAAGCCUCAGAUGGUUCAACACAC